GGGCGACACUGGAGACGUGCCUGCUACGCUACAGAGAGACUCUCCUUGGAAAACUGUUUUUUUUUUUUUUUUUUUUUUUUAAAUAUAUAUAAAGAGGGAAUUCCUGGACUUGUUCUUUUGGCCGUCAUCGACAACAACGAGCAAAAAUAGUAACAAAAAAGAAAAAAAGAAAAAAAGAAAAGGAUCCCGACCAUGCUGAUGCGAUGCGCUGCGCGUUGCUUCCUGCCUCUGUGGCUCCCGCUGCUUGGAUCCGUUUACGCGGGGCCGAUUCUCCUCAACUCCAACUCCAUCAAGAACUUCGAGGCGGUCAGCCCCAGUCCGCGCACUUCGCCGCCGCCGCCGCCGCCGCCGCCGCCGCCGCCGCCGGGCAGCCUGGGACACAAAUCGGCCGCGGACACCUUGCAGGAGUCAGGCGUGUGCGCGGACGACGACGACUGCGGCGCGGACGAAUUCUGCAACGACGCCCGCAGCGUGUGUCUGCCGUGCCGCAGGAACCGGAAGCGUUGCGCGCGAGACUCCAUGUGUUGCGCCGGGAGCCGCUGCAGCAACGGUGUGUGCCAGACGAAUGACAUCGACGGCCCGGAAUCUUCCGCCAUAACGGGCCGGCAUAUACACAACAACACCAUGGAGCAUCAUGCCAAGAAGCCGCUCACUGCACUCGAAGCCCACACUGCGAAAGGUCAGGAAGGGGACACGUGCCUGCGCUCGGCCGACUGCGCCGAGGGUCUGUGCUGCGCCCGCCACUUCUGGUCGCGCAUCUGCAAGCCGGUGCUGACCGAGGGCCAGGUGUGCACGCGCCACCGCCGCAAGGGCACCCACGGCCUGGAGCUGUUCCAGCGCUGCGACUGCGGCGACGGCCUGGCGUGCCGGCCCGAGAGAGGCGAGCGAGAGCAGCACGCAGGAGUCAGCAGGACGUCGACCCGGAACCUACACACCUGUCAGAGACGCUGAUGCGCACACACACGCGCACGCGCACACAAACGGGUCACAGACACUGACACACACACACACACAUAUGCCAACACCCAAGACUUUCUUUCCUGCCAACGCUGCUGACACCGAGACAGCGCCAGGAAGUGAAGACGCACUUCCCGGGAAAAGUGAUACACCCGCAGAGAUGAUGGACUGAUCUCGUUGCCUGUGAAUGGAUGAGAGGGGAUGUAGAAGUGGAGUGUGUGUGUGUGUGUGUGUGUGUGUGUGUGUGGGGGGGGGGGGGGCUCAAUUGUCAGCAGUGGUUAAUGGCAGAGCUGUUUUUUUUGUUUCUGUUUUUAUGGAACUUGAAGCGUCGGUUAUUGCAGUAAAUUACUGCAUUGUGAAUGACGGCUGGGGAACCUACAAGAGAUAAUUAACCCACGAAUGCUCAUAAUAUAUAAUAAAACAGCGAACACACGUUUAUCGCAGCGGACACAUUCCGGACUCACCCGCAACAGGUGAAAAUCUGCACUAUGGAGAGACCAUGUAUUUUUUUGGACAGGAUAGACUUACCCCUCCCAAAUGCUUUAAACACGUUUAAAUGUAUUCAACCCUUUUUUAAAGUAUUCCUUAGCGCCUGUUUUCACUCUCACACAGUCAAGAAAAAGGAGCCCCGUAGUAUAAUAUCACUUUGAGGAAACAAAUAGUAACGUGUAAAGCGUGCUCGCGUUACGAUUUGUCCUUCCCAUGUGUAGUUUACUUUACAAACGGACACGUAACACACAAGAGAAAUAAUGAUUGCAUAUUUAAACAACAAACCAUGUCAUUUUCGUAUCACACAUUUAGCUCAGUGCUAAAAUAGCAUGCGGAACGGCACAGAUGGGCUAACGCAAAUUAGCAUGGAGGUUACGGUUUUUAUAAAUGUUGAAACAACUACUAUUUAAACGCCAAACCACAUAAUUUCGUCGAACAAAAAGUUUGCUUAAUGCUAAGAUAUAAUAAGAAAACUGCAUAGGAGUGCUCACAGAAAUUAGCAUCGAUGUUAACGGUAAUUGUCAAUGUUUUAAACAGCUACAGCGACUUUAACACAAACGGAGCAGCAACACAUACAACCAGCACGUUCUUCUUCUUCUUCUUCUGCAAAAAGCCGUCAACAAAAAACAAUUACCCCAAAAAUCCGUGAUAUGGCGGCGGUAACACUGUAAAGUUUGGUCAUCGUAUGUUUUCGUAAGUUUAGCAUGGACUGAACUGUCCCGCAGAGGUCGGGAAAAGGUUCCUCAGCCCUGUUGUAAAAAGUACUCUGGGUGUGGCAAUUAAUUGAGCUAUGGAGUCAACACCAGUAUUAUAACAACACGGUGCUGCAUGCAGUGUAAAUGUGUUACAUAUUGUUUUAUAAGAAAGCGUUAUCUAUAUAUUGAGAAUGUGAAUGUUUUAUUAAACACUACUCUUAAUAGCC